UACUGAGCACAGGACUUGGACACUGGAAAUGCUUGAGCUUCUGGAGCUCUUGGACAAGGAGCCAGCAGCUCCAGGGGCAGGACAUGGUGCUGCUGGGGCUUGUUCUCCUCGCCAGGACUGUCCCAGAAUCCCAGAAUGGCUUGGGCUGGAAGGGACCUUAAAGCUCAACUCCCUCCUGCACCCCUGCCACAAACCUGAUGGAAUCCCUAAAAUAAUUGUGCUUUGUAGGUGUUGCACUGGAUUUUGCCAUGGCAGUGUUGGCUGGGAGCAGAUAAGUGGUGGCUUCCCCUUGUAGCAUCAUCAGGACAUGGGGCUGCUCUAAAUCUUCCUCCCGUGUUUCUGGUAGCACUUCCUCUACUGAGUUUUCAUCUUGUAAAAUUAGUUGUGAAAUUGAUGCAGCCUCAAACAUGGUUAGUUUGAGUUUGUCUUUUGUAAGUGAAGUCUUCCUUGGAGUAUUCUAGGGAGAAGUCCACAGGAACAGGGUGGUUUGGCUUAAGCACUACAGAGAUGCUUUGCAAAUGCUGAAAUUCGAAAACCUAUUAACUCUUUUUUUAAUUCUUCUUUUUUUCAGUUCCUUGUGGGGAGCCUGGAAGUACCUUCAGUAAAGCUGCUAACACUGAUGAGAGAUCUUUUAUGCCAAGGUCGUCGCUCUCUGAACAGACCACACCAUGCGUGAGUACAAGCUGGUGGUCCUUGGUUCAGGAGGUGUGGGCAAGUCUGCUCUGACUGUACAGUUCGUUCAGGGAAUUUUUGUUGAAAAAUAUGACCCAACAAUAGAGGAUUCAUACAGAAAGCAAGUGGAAGUAGACUGUCAGCAGUGUAUGCUGGAGAUCCUCGACACAGCAGGGACAGAGCAGUUCACAGCCAUGAGGGAUCUGUACAUGAAGAAUGGGCAGGGGUUUGCACUAGUAUAUUCUAUAACAGCACAGUCCACGUUUAAUGACCUGCAGGACCUGCGGGAACAGAUUCUACGGGUUAAGGACACUGAAGAUGUUCCCAUGAUUCUGGUUGGCAAUAAAUGUGACCUGGAGGAAGAACGAGUGGUGGGCAAAGAGCAGGGGCAGAACUUAGCACGACAGUGGUGCAACUGUGCCUUUCUAGAAUCGUCUGCAAAGUCCAAAAUCAACGUAAAUGAGAUCUUUUAUGACCUGGUCAGACAGAUAAAUAGAAAAACACCAGUGGAAAAGAAGAAGCCUAAAAAGAAAUCAUGUCUGCUGCUUUAGACUCGCAUCAUGCAGCAGCUCUGAGCCAGAUUGCAGGAAUGAAGAACUGUUGCCUAAAUGGAAAGUGCCAGCAUUCCCAACUUCAGAACCUUAUGGAAAUGAGUAACAUAUCGGAAGAAGCUUCUCCUGUUUUUUAUGUACUAUGGGAAGAAUUUACAUCUUAAAAAUGGUUUGGACACAGUCUCUGGAAAAAGCAGUUGCUCUGUGUAUAUCUCUUGGAAAUUUAAGCCAAUAUUCCUCCUCCUUUGCAAUAGCAAUUAACAGAUGUGAAAAUAAAUGUAAUUGACUCUAGCAUAUGAUUAUCCCAAGGAGCAUGGAUGCAUUUCAAAUGUUAGAGAUUGCUACUAUAAUUAAAAUUCAUAUUGACCAUUUUAUCAUAAUUUCUCCCCAUCAAGCACUAAAAAUGUUCCACUGUUAUAUUUUAUAUCUAUAACUAUAGAUAUAUAUUAUCCAAAAUUUCCCUUUGAACUCACUGCAACAAGUAACUUUUUGAGUCAUUGACUUCAUUUUAUAUUUAAAAGUUAUGGAAUAUCAUUAUUUUCAUUCUGCCAUUGUAUUCGAAUUAAAAAUGUUUGUGCAUAAUGCUUUGGAAAAAUGGGUCUUUUAUAGGAAAAAAACUGGGAUAACUGAUUUCUAUGGCUUUAAAAGCAAAAAUAUAUAAUAUACUAAACCAACUCUAAUAUUGCUUCUUGUGUUUUACUGUCACAGAUUAAAUUACAGCUUUUAUGAAUGAUUAAAUUUUAGUACAUUUUCA